AUGCAGUCCAAGCAAAAGCCAAGACCAACCCCAGAGUGGCUCCGAGUCUUCCUCCUCUCCCUCGUCUCCUCAUUCGUCUCCUCUCUCAUCCUUCUCUCGUUUACAGUUCAGUUCAGGGGGGUGGGACGGGAUGGUAAAGAUGGUACCGACACAUGGACAAUAGUGGACUGUCGACAGGAAAAGUUGCCUGUUACGAACGUUUGGGGGAGAAUCACCAGGCCACCCCCUUACAAUAUCAUGACGGAGUCCCUUGCUCCGUCCCAUGUAUAA